AUAAAAAUUAGGUCAAAUGUCAGCAUCCAGAAUUCUCCGACUCGUCGUCACUAGACUCGCUCCCGUUGCGAUGUCGUCGUCAUCAUCGUCAUCCUCUUGGUCCUGCACCAAAUGCACGUUCCUCAAUUCUCCAUCUCAGAAGCUCAACUGCAUGAUCUGCUCGACUCCUCUCCCUACCCCUUCUUCCCUCUCGAUUUCCUCAAACGACGAACCUAAAUGGGCGUGCAAAGCCUGCACCUUUCUGAACACGUACAAGAACUCAGCCUGCGAUAUCUGCGGGACCCGAUCUCCGUCGUCCUCUUCUCUCCUGGGCUUUGACGAUUUGAACGAUUCGGAGGUUCUCGAAAGUAACAACAACAACAGCAACAACCCUAAUUGCUCCGUGGGUUCGGUUUUCUUUCCUCUGCGGCGGUGUAGCAAGCGCAAGACCAUGGAUGAUGACGUCAUCGAGGUUGAUGGUGGCUCCGUGAAGAAGAAGAACGAAAUUGAAUCGAAAGGGGAAGCUUCUGGUUCAGGAGCAGCUGCUCUCUCUUGCGUGAAGAUCUUGACCUACAAUGUUUGGUUCCGUGAAGAUCUUGAGCUGAGUAAUAGGAUGAGAGCGAUCGGUCACCUUAUCCACCUCCAUUCUCCUCAUCUCAUAUGCUUUCAGGAAGUUAUCCCUGAGAUAUAUGAGAUUUUCCGCAAAUCCAACUGGUGGAAAGAGUAUACUUGUUCUGUCUCAGUAGAUGCGGCGCAGUCAAGAGGCUACUUCUGCAUGCUGUUGAGCAGGGUGGGGAUGAAGUCUUCAAGCUGUAAAAGCUUCAGGAACUCGAUCAUGGGAAGAGAGUUAUCCGUUGCAGAGGUUGAAGUUCCGGGGAGAAAGCCACUUGUUCUGGCAACAAGCCAUCUCGAGAGCCCCUGUCCAGGUCCUCCUAAAUGGGACCAGAUGUAUAGCAGGGAACGCGUUGAACAAGCCAAUGAAGCCGUCGAGAUUCUCAGAGCUAAUCCCAACGUGGUAUUCGGGGGAGAUAUGAACUGGGACGACAAGCUAGAUGGGAAGUUUCCUUUGCCGGACAAGUGGGUCGAUGUUUGGGAGGUUUUGAAACCAGGUGAUCUUGGUUUUACGUACGAUACGAAAGCAAACCCGAUGCUGUCUGGUAACCGAGCUUUGCAGAAACGGUUGGACCGGUUUUUCUGCCGUCUGGAUGAUUACGAGCUUGGUGGAGUCGAGAUGGUUGGGAAAGAGGCGAUUCCUGGAUUAUCCUAUGUGAAAGAGAAGAGAGUGAGGGGUGACAUCAAGAGGUUGGAGCUUCCAGUGUUGCCUAGCGAUCACUUUGGUCUGCUUUUGACUCUUUUGCCGAAAUGAGUUCAAACUGUCGGAGCUCGAAGUUCCUUUUUCCCCCUGUGGAACUUCAAUGAAUGACUAGGAUAAAAACUGUACAAUGUGGUGUUUUUGGCUUUCUCAGUCAAUCAAACUGAUAAGCGGUUUGUUGGUUUUAGGUAUUUUGUUUUUGUUUUGUUUUCUGAAAGUUGAGUCUUGUACUCUUCUGUAAUGAAGAUUAUGAAACUAAUCAGAGUUGGACGAUCUCUAAACA